AAAAUAACAAGUUGCAGUAGUCGUCCUCAGGCACCGACAGAACCGCCCACUCUCACAUGCGCACUCAGCGAGAGAGGGAAGCUGGUGCACUCGGACAAAAAGCUCAGUCACUCCGGUCCACGGCUGCACGCAACCUUCCCCCUCACCGACGACAGAGAGCAGCUCCUGGUGUGUUGGUGGACUAAAGCAGCCCACGUCCACACAAGCUCACUAUGGAAGACUAUGAGUACCAGGACCAUGAGGACGUCAACGACAGCUACUACGACCCCAUGGAGGACUACGGCGUGUGUGACAAGGCGACAGUCCGCUCCUUCCGCAGAGUCUUCCUGCCCAUCAUCUACUCUCUGGCUCUGGUGGUGGGCUUGGCAGGAAACACCUUGGUGGUGCUUGUCUACGCGUCUCGGCUGCGCCAACGCACCCUGACGGACGUGUGCAUCGUCAACCUGGCCGUCUCGGACCUGCUGCUCCUCCUCACUCUCCCGUUCUGGGCAGCGGAUGCUGUCUACGGGUGGGAGCUGGGUUUGACAGCCUGUAAACUGGCAUCCUUCCUCUACAGCACCAACUUCAGCUGUGGCAUGCUGAUGCUGGCCUGCAUCAGCGUGGACCGCUACAGAGCUGUGGCGCACAACACCACCGGCAGGGCCGGGUCCGGACCGCGGGUGAGGAGACAGAGGAUCCUGGUGUGCGCGGCUCUCUGGGCCCUGGCCUGCUUACUUGGUAUCCCUGAACUCAUCUUCUCCACUCUGAAGCCUUCCCACCACAGAACAGCCUGCAUCUCCGUCUACCCACACAGCAUGGCUCGCGCAGCCAAGGCGGCGCUGGAGCUCCUCGAGGUUACGUUCAGAUUCUUGGCUCCGUUCAUAACCAUGCUGGUGUGCUACAGCCUGGUGGGCCGGGCGCUCAGCCAAGCCGCUCGCGUCCAGAGGAUACGAAAGUGGCGUGCACUCCGUGUCCUCCUGGCUGUGGUCGCCGUCUUCCUGCUGACUCAGCUGCCCUACAACGUGGUGAAGCUCUGCAGGACGAUGGACCUGAUGUACAUGCUGGUGACCGACUGUGAGGUCAGUAAAGCGUGGGACCACGCCCUGCAGGUGACAGAGAGCCUGGCUCUGAUCCACGCCUGCGUCAACCCCCUCCUCUACGCCUUCAUCGGCUCUUCUUUCAGGAGUCGCGUACUUAAAGCGGCAAAGCAUCUCGGUGAAAAACUGAGUCGGCGGCCGAGGCCAGGAGGCAACGAGCCGGAAGUAGCAAUCGCACUGAGCACUAACACAAACCAUCAGAUCCAAUCGGAGUCUUCAGAAGAGCAAGAGACAAGCAACUUCACCAUGUGAAGCCCAACUGAGACGUAUGAAAUAUAAGGCUGAUCAUGUUAAUCUUUGGGUCACGCAGAACCACUGACAUUGUAUAGCUCUCCGUUCUCAUGGGUGAAAAAAAGGCUCACAGGCCAGAGAGGGUGGCAGGUAACCACAGGAUUCGUAUCUUUAGAAUCUCUGUUCUUUUUUCAGUUACAUGUAAUAAAGUUUUGUGUAUUGUAUUCAGCGUAUUGUUUUAUCUUAGGUAGGUUUCGACACACACAACUGUACUGUGUUGUCCUUGUCUUUUAAAGUGUAAAGGGAGAUCAAGAACUUGAGCUGAACUGUUUGAUAAUGAUAGCAGCGGCAAGUAUUAACUAUAAUCAAGUAAAACAUUGUCUCUCAAAGACAGACUGAUUGUUUUUUGUUAGAUUAAAUGGAUACAGAUGAUGUUGUCGGGUGAGCAUGGAACUAAAUUACAUAACCAAAUACCAAGGAUCUGUUUGUACAGUGCCAGAAUAAAACCCCAACCACAGGUCUGCUGCUGAAGAGAAAUCUGAUGCUCUUGAUUUAGAUUUAGGCUUUGGAUUCAGAGGUUGGUCUGUCAAGCAACUUUGACUGUACAAUUAAAGUAGAUACACAUGAAUUCUUGGAGAAAGAGUGAUGAAAAUGAACCCUGACUUAACCCAGGAGCCAAA